AUGAAAGCAACAGGUAUUCAAAAUUUUGCAUCUACAAGUCCAGGUGGGAAUCGCAUUAAGUUUGGUUUGGUAGGUUUUACGGUUGGCCUUAUAGCAGCAUCCCUCUUUGCGAUCAAGGUGGUAGAGAGACAAAGGCGGGAGCUGGAUUGGUCUGACAGUGUUUUAGAACUCACAAGGUCAAUACGUAAAUUGGAGAAGCACGUCAAGCAUCUUGAGGACAACCAAUCAUCGCAGAAACACAGUGGUUCUAGAAGUGAAAAUUAA